AUUUGGAAGAAAAGUUCUACAUAUUUAGGGAUUCAGAGAUAGUGGUGAUACAGUGAAGAUGAGGUACAAACCGGGAUUGAAACUGUCUGAAUCAAGUCAGUUCAAAUUUAGGAAUAUCAGUGUAUAUGCGGAGCCAAAGAAUGAGACUUUGGUAUUUCCUGAUUGCCAUAGAGAUGAAACAGAGUUGAUGACACUUAAGUAUAUGGUGUAUAAGGGUUUGUCUAUGGAUGUUAAAGAGAAGUUUAAUUUAUAUUGGUUUAAGGAAGAAUGUCUGCCACUGCCAUUGUUAAACAAUGAUGAUUUUGAUAAUUUUUGGGAGGAUUCUUUUGUAAAUGAGGAUGGAUGUAUAUGUUUGUGGAUGGGGAUGAAAGACACAGUGUUUGGGACUCCAAAGACUACACCAAAGAAGAAGACAGUUAGUAAGGGAACCAACCCUAGAAGAUCCCCAAGGCUAAAUAGUAUGGAUAAAUCAGUUGAAGGUGCAUCAAGAAAGCUGAGUUUCGUGGAUGUGCCCAUGUCCAAACAUUCUCAGGCUAGUAGCAGUGGUUGCAGUCAGUCAAAAACUACAAAUGAAGUUAAGUUUGUUGAAGAUGUGGACAAUAUUCAGCUGGAAAACACCAAAGAAGAUGAAUGUAAGGAUGUGGAUGAAAGACCUGCUUACAUGGAUGACUUUGAUGAUGAUUUUGGUCAGUACAUGAAGGGUGAGCAUGAUGUAGAUCUUUUCCCUGAAGAAGAAGUUUUUACUCCAGUAGAUCCUAGCAAAAUGGAGUGCUCCCUCUAG